CCAGAAUUUGCAUUCUGCAGUGGUUCAAAGUGCAGUAAUGGAAACAAACAGAAGCAUGAAUUACCAAGGUGUGCUGUUUCCAUGCAGGUUUGUCCUGCUACUCCUUUAUGGCUUUGCAAAUGUUGUCAUAGAUCGGCUUUCAAGCUUCCACCAGAAACCCUCUUUACCAUGCCUAGGUUUUCUCUAGAUUAUAAAUUAUCACCAGAAUCCUCUCUUCAAGAAGUCUCAAAACCAUUGUGUCCCUUCUGUGGGGUGCUCCUACAGCGAUCACAGCCAGAAUUUCUUCUCUCAGCCUUGCCCGUGUAAGCUUCAUGUUGUAUGUUCACUUAUAUCACUGCUAGUAUUUAUAGAUUAUUGCAGAGUGUUAGUAUGAAUGAAAAAAUUUAUCAUUUUUCCAAAAGGAAUGGGAGUACAUCGUAUGCUAGAAAGUUUUGCGGCCAUGACCUGGUAUAUUUAGACUGGCAUGUUGGGAAGGAGAAUUAAGGGGCAUUUUGUUUGUUGCUUUCUUAAACAUUUUCCAAGUUAAAUAUGAAGUUGUAGUUUUUCAGUUGGGUGUCUCUGGAUUGACUGGAAAAAUGUAUUAAUAAAUCCACUUGCAUCUU